GGCUCGGAAACUGACUUUGGCAUCUUUGGCCGUCUUUGGCCGUUUUUUUGUAUUGAUCAUCCAAUCUCAGGCGUUCUCAAUCGGUCCUAACCCAUACCUGGAGCGGCACCUGUGCAACCAACUUCACGACCUGAUCCGGCAAGGAGAGUUGAUCUGUGCCCUGGAGCCAGAGCAACUGGAGCAGCUGGCGUCGUCUCAUGGUGAUUCGGUGCGAGUUCUGAAGCAACACCUGGCCGAGUUGCGCGGAGAGUCCAGGUACAAGGUCAAGCUGGUGACUCAAGGCAGAGUCCUUCAAGAUCAGGACUUGUUGUCGGAGUUGCGACCACCCUUGGACCUGCAGAUGCUGCGGCUAGACUAUGUCGCGCCAACGCCCACGGAGCGCCAGAGCUUGUUCACAGCUGCGAAGAAUGGUGACACGGCGAUGUUGGAUGAGAUCUUGAGCAAACCAGUGGAUCCCAAUGUCUUCAUAGAUUGGAGGCAACGAUUGGGUUGGCCCGACUUCACCUGUACCAACCCCUCAUGUCUGCAGCUGGCCUCGGCGGGUGGCCACAGAGAUUGCGUCAGGAUGCUGAUCGAUGCCAAGGCCAACGCUGCCGCGAAAUGUGGUAUUUCUGAUGGCGAGCCCGCUUUAUUUGAAGCCUCCAGGCUGGGGCACUGGGAGAUCGUGCUGCUGCUGAUCGAGGCCAAGGCAGACGUGGACGAACCGCCCAUGAGCUUCAACACGCCCAUGAGCGGCAAGACGCCCAUCCAAGCCGCUUGUGAAGGCGGCCAUACCGAGGCUGUGCAGGUCUUAUUGAAGGCGAACGCCAAGAAGCCGGAGCUGGUGUCCGGUUGCAGCAAUCGGCAAAUCGUACGCCUCUUGCUGAAUGCCGGCGUGGAAAGAAGUGAGGAGACGAUGUCGGCCGCCAUGUGGCAUGCGGUGGGCGGAGGAAAAGCAGAGGUGCUGCAGGUGUUGCUCGAAGCAGGUGCCAAUCCAAACGUGCUGAAUAAAGAAGGGAAAUCUCCUCUCUGGUACGCAGCUGACUUGGGACGUUCCGGCUACAUUGCGCAGCUCUUACUUGAAGCCGGUGCUGACAAGAACUGGGUGGAUGAGCAAGGGACAUCUCCACUGUGGACCGCCGCGGACCAUGGCAACUUAGAGAUUGUCAAAAUUUUGGUCAAGGCAGGAGCCGACUGUGACAAGGUGAACAAGAGAGGGGUGUCCCCGCUUCAAAUUGCCAAGUAUCGCGGCCAUCCAGAUGUCGUUGAAUCUUUGCUACUGCCUGAGCGGGACCGGGACCUGAGAAGGCGUCGAACCUGA